CGAAAUGUUCUUCGGCAUGGGCAUCGCCCAGGGCUAAGAUCAGGUGACUAAGGGGGUUCCCUUAGUCACAUGACUAAGCCAAUCUCAGCCAUUAAGCCUCAUUAAAAUAUAAUGGUUAAGAUCUAUCUAAUUUAAUGAAGGGUAAGGUGGUAAUUACAUAAUUAAUUAAUUUAGCAAUUAAAAAUACACAGGCCUGUUCUCCACCCGUCCCCGCUACCGUUUCUUUUUCUGGGGAAUUCUCCUGGUGGAGGGAUUCUUGUGUCCGCAACCCGCGUCGCGGUUUCUUUUUCUGGCGGUGGGAUUUUUUGUUCCCAAAAAGCUCUUUUGUGGCCUUCAACAGCCACGGCUAGAGAGAGAGGGGUGGGAUUUUAUGUCCCCAGCAAGCUUUUAUGGCUUGAGAGAGAGAGAGAGAGAGAGAGAGAGAGAGAGAGAGUUUCCCGACAACAGUGUUGGAUUUAUGAUGUUUGCUGACCUAUUUUGUAAUAUUUGUAUAGAUUCGGUUUGUGAUAUUUAGUGACAUUUUGUACGGUUAGUAUGCUUUGUACUGUUUGUCAGUUUAUUUUGUAAUGUUUGUACGCUUUGUUAUUUUGUAAUGUUUGUCGGUUUUUUUUUGUAAUGUUUGUAAACUUUGUUAUUUUUGUGCACCAUGUUUAUCAUUUUUGUCAAUCAUGUUUGUAAUGUUUUUUAUGUCUAAAAAACAACCUAGUUGACUUUUGGAUGAAACUCCUCUAUAUAGGAUGGAGCCUCCAAAGUCAACCCGGGUGUUUUUUCCAGUUUGUAUGGAUUGUCGGUCUAGUUUGUCAUUUUUGUCUUUCAUGUUCGUAAUGUUUGUAUGCCUAAAAAACACCCGAGUUGACUUUGGGAAUGAGCCCCUCUAUAUAGGGAUGAAGCCUCGAAAGUCAACCUGGGUGUUUUUCCAGUUUAUAUGAAUUUUUGGUCUAGUUUGUCAUUUUUGUCCACCAUGUUUGUAUGUCUAAAAACCACCCGGGUUGACUUUGGGAAGGAGCCCCUCUAUAUAGGGAUGAAGCCUCGAAAGUCAACCUGAAUGUUUUUUCUUUUUGUAUGGUUUGUAUUGUUUGUCAGUCUAGUUUGUAUUUUUUGUACAGUUCAUAUGUUUGUAAAUCUGUUUGUAUGUUUUGUCGCUCUAGUUUGUACUGUUCGUAUGUUUGUAUGGUUUGUACUGAUUGUAAGUCCGGUUUGUAUACUUGGUAAUUUUCCAUAAUACCGAAACUACCCCUGUCAUUAAUUAAAUAACUCUUCCCACUUUUUAACCAUAAGAUUGCUAUAUCCAGAUCUAAGGGCUGGGAGGGGCUUAGUCAAGUCACUAAGCACCCCCUUAGUCACUGGAUCCUCUCUCCAUGGCCCAUAUGAGAACACGGACCGAACGAGCUACGCCACGUGUCUAUUACGACUCGGUCAAGGAAAGGGAUACACACCUAAAAUCAAGGAACCUUUCCCUCCGCUAGAAGACUAACGAGACAAUUCAAAUCCGUAUUGAACAAGGACCGAUCCUCCACCGUCCAAUACAUCCAAUCGACGGCCCAGAAUCAAACCUCUCAUACAGAACAUUCCAGAACUGAAGCCCCCUAUAUAAACUCUAUAUAACGGAACUCCCACCUGCACUCUCCACCAUCUGAAUCGAAUCACGUACUGCGAGUCUUCCCCCGAAAGAAAUCGAACAACAACCUCCCGUAGUUCUACCCUCAGAGUGUUCAUUGCUCCAAAAUGCCGGGGAAAGGUGAAGGUCCGGCGAACGGCAUUGAUCUCGGCACGACGUACUCCUGCGUCGGCGUCUGGCAGCACGAUAGGGUCGAGAUCAUCGCCAACGAUCAGGGAAACCGAACGACGCCGUCUUAUGUCGCCUUCACCGACAGCGAGCGCCUGAUCGGCGAUGCCGCCAAGAACCAGGUCGCCAUGAACCCUAUCAACACCGUCUUCGAUGCGAAGAGGCUGAUUGGGAGAAGGUUCAGCGAUUCGUCGGUGCAGAGCGAUGUUAAGCUCUGGCCAUUCAAGGUCAUCGCCGGUCCAGGCGACAAGCCGAUGAUCAACGUGAGCUACAAAGGCGACGAGAAGCAAUUCGCCGCCGAGGAGAUCUCGUCCAUGGUCCUAAUCAAGAUGCGAGAGAUCGCGGAGGCUUUCCUAGGCACCGAUGUGAAGAACGCCGUCGUCACCGUCCCUGCCUACUUCAACGACUCGCAGCGCCAGGCUACAAAGGACGCGGGCGUGAUCGCCGGCCUCAACGUCAUGCGCAUCAUCAACGAGCCCACCGCGGCCGCCAUCGCAUACGGCCUCGACAAGAAGGCCACCAGCGUCGGCGAGAAGAACGUCCUGAUCUUCGAUCUCGGCGGUGGAACCUUCGAUGUCUCCCUUCUCACCAUCGAAGAGGGCAUCUUCGAAGUGAAGGCCACCGCUGGAGACACUCACUUGGGAGGUGAGGAUUUCGACAACAGGAUGGUGAAUCAUUUCAUUCAGGAGUUUAAGAGGAAGAACAAGAAGGAUAUCAGCGGGAGCCCGAGAGCUCUCAAAAGGCUCAGAACAGCUUGCGAGAGAGCCAAGAGAACCCUCUCCUCCACGGCACAGACCACGAUCGAGAUCGAUUCCCUCUUCGAGGGGAUCGAUUUCUACUCCACCAUCACCCGCGCGAGGUUCGAGGAGAUGAACAUGGAUCUUUUCAGAAAAUGUAUGGAGCCAGUGGAGAAGUGCUUGAGGGAUGCCAAGAUGGACAAGAGCACGGUGCACGACGUGGUUCUCGUCGGCGGUUCGACGAGGAUUCCCAAGGUUCAGCAGCUCCUCCAGGACUUCUUCAAUGGGAAGGAGCUUUGCAAGAGCAUUAACCCGGAUGAAGCCGUGGCUUAUGGUGCGGCAGUUCAAGCUGCGAUUCUGAGUGGCGAGGGUAAUGAGAAGGUUCAGGAUUUGCUUCUCCUGGACGUAACCCCUCUGUCUCUAGGGCUUGAAACUGCUGGAGGUGUGAUGACUGUUCUGAUCCAGAGGAACACGACGAUCCCAACCAAGAAGGAGCAGGUUUUCUCGACCUACUCGGACAAUCAGCCUGGAGUGUUGAUUCAGGUGUACGAAGGCGAGAGGACGAGAACAAGGGACAAUAACUUGUUGGGCAAGUUUGAGCUCUCUGGCAUUCCGCCAGCUCCCAGGGGUGUCCCUCAGAUCACCGUGUGCUUCGACAUAGAUGCGAACGGCAUACUGAACGUCUCGGUGGAGGAUAAGACGACGGGGCAGAAGAACAAGAUCACGAUUACCAACGACAAGGACAGGCUGUCGAAGGACGAGAUUGAGAAGAUGGUUCAGGAGGCCGAGAGGUACAAGGCCGAGGACGAGGACCACAAGAAGAAGGUGGAGGCGAAGAAUGCGUUGGAGAACUACGCUUACAACAUGAGGAACACGGUGAGGGACGAGAAGAUUAGCUCCAAGUUAGCCGCCGACGACAAGAAGAAGAUUGAGGACUCCAUCGACCAGGCGAUCCAGUGGCUUGAUAACAACCAGCUUGCUGAGUCGGACGAGUUCGAGGAUAAGAUGAAGGAGCUCGAGGGGAUUUGCAACCCCAUUAUUGCAAAGAUGUACCAGGGUGGCGCCGGUCCGGACAUGGGUGCCGGCGGGCAUGAUGACGCUCCUCCGGCUGGCGGCAGCAGCGGUGCCGGCCCCAAGAUUGAAGAAGUCGAUUAAACCGAUGAUAGGCCGCCGUUUCGGAGUUUUGCAUAGGUUCCAUUCUCAGCUUUUUCUUGUGUCCCUUUUAGUUUUUUUCCCCCCGUAAUCUAGCUUAUAGUCGAGAGCAACAAUUAUGCUUUUCUUUCCUUUCAUUUAGCAUUGAAAGAAUGUUUUGGGUAAUGUUACAGUUUCUAAUUGAAGGACUAUUAUUUUCCAAACUCUCUUUCUUCAUGUCAACCCGCUGUAGUUUCCGAUUUUCUUAACGACUUCCUCCUCCAUUUCCACUAAUUGAUGGCAGAAAGCUUUCGAGCUCGAACGCUUCUUCCUUGAAGCUGAAUCUGUAUUCUUUCCACUGGUAAUCACAAACACCGUCGCUGCUAACUGCUGCAACUUUUGCUAACAUGUCGAAGCCCUUUCCGAUCCACCGAUAACAUGUAUGCAUCCUGGUUAACAAGCGAGAGGAAACUGCUUAGCUUUGCUAUGCUGUUGCGAAACAAAGGGAGAAAGGAUGG